GGAAGCAAAUUUUUGUUUAGGACAUGGUGAGACAUGGGUUUCGAAGCCCCUCUCGUCGUCUGCUCUUCUUCUCCUCUUCUCUUUCUCUUUUUCUUCUUUUAUUUCUUCACUCCGAUGAACGACGUCAUUGCCUCCGACGCCAUCAACACCGAUCAACGACAAGACAAAGCCACAAGUCAUUUUUUGAGAAGUCAGAUUUAUUUUUUGUGUGCAUGAUGCAACACCUCUCCUUUGAUAUCCAAAAGCAGGAUCAAGAGAUAGAAGCAGCCCAGUGGAUGGCAUUUGAAGAAUAUCCAGCCCAACCAUUUGUCCAGAAAAACGAAUUUGGCUACUGAGAUGUUUAAUGAGUGGAUGGAGGGAUAAUUUUUCUACUGAGAUGUUUAAUGAGUGGA